AUGACGACGCCAACGACGUAUGCCAUAACAGGAUAUAACGGAAGCGCGAUGAUGAUGAUCGGGGAUAAAGAAGAGGAUUUCAUUCGUGAGCAACAGAAGCGGAUACUGAAACGAGCGAAGCUGAAACUGCUGGUGAUUUCUUCCUUGAUGACGGCUGGAUUGUUUGCACAGUUAAUAUUGAUAAGAUUGCUUCGGAAGAAGUUGCGAGAAUGGAAUGAAACGAUUCUCCUGGUACAGGCAGGAUUCUUAGAUGUGGAAGAAAAACCCAAGGAGGUAAAGCCUAUGGGCAAGAGGAAAAAGAAAACAAAGCGUAGAAAAACCAAAGCUCGCCGCAGGCGGUCAGAUGAGAAAAUGAGAAAACGCAGAAGUAAAGAACGUAGUGGCAGUAAGGCUAGUGCAGAAGCCAUUCGCAGUAAGGACAGAUCGCUCUUCAAACUUAAAGAUGAUAUUGAUGACUUGUACAACUUUUUCGAUAGAAAAUCAGCUGAGAAGUCUGAGGAGCGUGUGAAGAGCUUAUCGAAAGAGAAGGAUAAAAGGAAAGAUUUCUCAUCAGAUUCCAAGGAAUCUAAAUCGGCCGAUUCCAAAGAAGAUGUGGUCAAACCAAAAGGCUCACUGGAAUCAAAAUCUCAAGAUUCUUUGAAAGAAUUAGGAAAAAAGAGAAAAUCAAAAGAGGAAAUAGCUACGAAAUCAGCGGAAAAGCUGGAAAAGUCAGCCGAGAAGUCAGCGGAGAAAUUAGCGGAGAAGUCUUUGGAUAAGUCAGCGGAAAAGUCGGCGGACAAGUCAGCGGAUUCCAAAGACAAAUAA